AUGAGCUCUCGAGCAACAUGGCGACUCUGUGGGCGCAGUCAAAACACACGCCAUUGGCCGCUCUUGGCGACCAUCUCCUUUGCACAAUCGCCAGCUUCGCUACGAAUCCCAUCACGUCACAUCCACAAUGACGGUCCAAAGAGCUUGAAUCCGCUGGUCAACCCCCCCGAUGUCACGCGACCACCACCGCUGACGCUGCCUCGACGCCGAGACUUUGAGUCGCCGAUAAAAUACUACUUCGAGCUGGGAAAGGGGUAUCUUAAAUUCUACAAGGGGGGCAUAAAAAAUGUCUGGACGAGCCGACGUCUCCUCCGCGAGAAGCUUCAGCGAACUCCAGUCGAUGACCGGCCCUCGAUAUUCAGACCGCACUACGUCCCAAAGACGUUUUCCAGAGCAGAUUGGGUUCUUCUCUGGAGGGUACGACAUGAUAUGAUCAGACUUCCUCUGUUCGGGCUUAUGUUGAUUGUCAUUGGGGAAUUCACUGUUCUGGUUGUUGCCUACGUCGACAGUGUAGUACCGUACCCUUGCAGGAUACCGACGCAGAUCUUCACGGCGCUCGAAAAGGCUGAGCAACGUCGCAAGGCUGCUUUCGAUGAGUUGGAAGCGAGACAUCCUCAUGGUGUCCUUAGCCCGCGCGUCACCCAGGCAGUCGCUCGGUCUCACGUCCUCAAGAGCUUGCAUCUGAGCGGUGCAAUUUGGGAUCGCCUAGGCUUCCUACCACCAGGCAUGUGGCAGGCCAAGGGACGAUAUCGUAUGGCGUAUCUAGAGGGUGACGACAGAAAUAUCGUCGAGGAUGGUGGACCCAUGGGACUGCACUAUGAGGAACUCAGAAUUGCAUGCGCAGAACGAGGCAUUGACACACUUGGGAAAAGCGAGACUGAGUUGCGGGGGUGGCUCGGCGACUGGCUGCGUUUGACAGCCUCUGACGAUAUCGAUGAAAGGAGACGACGCAUGGCAGUGUUGUUCCUGACCAGACCAGAAAAUUGGCCUCAGCAUAGAGAUUUUGGCGUGCCUGAAUGGCAACUAUAA